AUGCGCGGCGGCUAUUCCGGCGGCGGCGGGGGCGGGCAUUUCCGCGGGAAGAAGCACGGGCACGCGCAUCAGGGGGCGCACUGGCGCUCUGCGCAGAACCAAGCGGGGAAUGGCGUGGGGCAUGCUGCGGGGGGCGGAGGGGGAGCAGGGGGAGCAGGGGGAGCGGGCGUAGGGAGAGUGGGUGGCGGAGGCGCAGUGGGAGCAGCUGUUCCGCUGCCGCCGCCCGCGCCUUCCGCAGCUGGCGGGAAGGAUGGCGGAGGCCGCGCGGACUCCGCAGGGCGUUGGCGGCAGGGGGAGGCGGACAGCUGUAGCAAGUCGUCUAGUAGCGGGAGCGGGCUGGUUUCCCCCGAUCUGAGCACCACGGGGGGAAGCAGCAGCGAGGAGCGGUCGUCCGCGGGCGGGGGGGAGCAUGAGGCGGAGUGUAACGGUAACGGGGUUCUCCAUAUGGAGGAUACGGGGUCCACGUCUUCCGAGCAAGGGGCGGAGGGGGAAAAACGGGGGGAGGGAGAAGCAGAGAGGGCGGGGAGAGGCGGGAGUCCGGGGAAGGCUGCGGGGGAGGGGGGCGCAGGCGCCGCAGGAGGAGGGGGAAGCGUUUGGUCCGUGCGCAGUGCUAAUGUUUCGUUUGCGGCUGUUUUGCUGGGGAAGGCGGAGGAAGGCGCGGCUGCUGGGGGGAGUCCUGAAGGCGCGGAGGGCGCAACGGGAGUGGCCUCAGGGGGAGGCGCAGGAGAGACUGGCGGAGGCGGAGCAGGUGCAGCAGGAGCGGCGGAGGUGAGCAAGGAAGAACCCCGCCCUGACUCGGCAGCAGCUGCUGCAGAGAGCACUGACGCGCCUGCUUCUGUGGCAGGAGCACCAGCACCAGCGCCAGGGGAAACCCGCUCUAGUAGCCCUCCAAAAGAGGGUAAACCAGCUACAGCCGCGAGUGCGAGCGGGCAGAAGGCUGGGGACGAGGAGGAGGAGGGGUGGAUUAAAGUGUCUAGUGGACCCAAGGAGAAGGCGCAAGGAAGGGGCGGAGCAGGGGGGGCGGCGGGAGCUGCUGCGGGGGCGGGCGGAAGGGUGGGGCGGAGGGCGAGUGGGGAAGAGAAACCCACGGGUGUGUGGGUGAAGAGGGGGACCCCGGCUGCAGGAGGGGGUAAGGAAGGUAAGGGGGGAGGGAAGAAGGGGACGGGCAAAGGGCCGGAUAGGGCCGCAGGGGGGGCGAUGGGUGGUGCGACGGGCGGUGCUGCUUCUACCACGGCUGUAGCAGCACGCACUGGUGCGGAUGACGGGCAGGCAGCAGGUGCCUCUACAGCCGCGAACGGCGCAGCAGCUGCUGCUACAACCGCAGCACCCGCAGCCGCCGCCGCUGCUGCUGCUGCUACAGCCGCGGAUGGGAAGCCAGUGGCAGCGGCACCACAGGCGACGAGGUCCCGGCGCCCGGCGUGGCAGGGGAACGACGCGGCGAUACUGAAGCGUCUGGGGGACAGCGGGGCUGGGCAAGGUAGCUCAGGCCAGGCAGGCGCUGGCGCGGGUACGGGGUCUGCUGAAGGAAGAGGCCAGAAGCACCAGGGCGCGCAGUCUCAUGGCGCGGGAGGGGGUUCUUCCAGUGGGAAGCAGGACGGGCAGAGGCAGCAGCAGGGGCAGCAGGGUAAGGGGGGGAAGCAGGCUGGCGCGGGUGCAGGGGAGAAGGGGAAGGAUGGGAGGAAGGCAGGGAGUGGGCGGCAGGAUGGGGCUUCUGAAGGGAGUGCUGCUGCUGUGAGUGGUAAGGCAGGGGAUAAGGAGGAAGGGGUGGAGAAGGAAGGGGGUGUUGAGAAUCCCGGGGAGGGUGGGACGGGGGGUCAGAAGGGAAAGACGCAGGGGGCCGUGCCGAUCGCAGGGUUCCCGGCGUUCCCAGUGCCGCCGGCUGCGCUGCUGCAAAACGCGGCGGCGCUGCAUGGGGAGGUGCUGGCGUAUGCAGAGGAGGUGCGGCCGCCCAGGGAGGCGCGGGUCAGUGCGGAGCAGGCUGUGGCGUGUGUCAGGCGCACAGUGCGGUCCCUGUGGGAAGGAGCUGACGUGGAGGUGUUCGGUUCAUUCGCCACUGGGCUUGCUCUCGCUCACAGCGAUGUUGACGUGGCAGUGAUCAAUGCACCCCCACCACCCGCCGACCUACCAGAGCUCGCCAUCCUGUCAGGUGCGCGCAUCAGUGCGCCGCUGAUCAGGCAGCUGGCAGCAGCGCUGAAGAAGCAGCCGUGGUGUGAGAGCCUGCACACCAUUGAAACCGCCCGCAUCCCCGUCAUCAAACUCAAGUGCCGCCCGCUGCCGCCCGCUACUGCUGAGACUGGAGAGAUUACAGCAACAGCAGAGGAGGAGAAGGCCGCGUCGACUCCUGAGGGGGGUGUUGGGUCUUCUGGUUCCACAGAGGGGAGUGGUGGAGAGAGUGAAGCAGGAGAGGCAAACGGCACAGCGGCGGCAGCAGGUUCGGCAGCAGCAGGCUCGGCGCUGAAGCCGUCUGCUUCGGCGUCGGACCUGGUGGGCCCGAGUGUGCAGGGAGUGGUUCGGAUGGACAUUACGUUCUCCCUGUCGCGGCCCAAGAGCAUGGAGGUGGGGGAUGCGGCCAGCAGGGUGCUGGCAGGGAAGCUGGACGAGGCGGCUGCGGCACACAAUGGUUCGGCCGCUAGGGAGCUGGUGAUUGAACGCCUUAAGAAAAUGCCCGCCCUUGCCCCCCUGGUGAGUCCAAGGGCUGGGCUCUCGUGGAGUGAUGGGCAUCUCAACGGGUCAGCAGCCAGAGAGCUGGUGAUUGAACGCCUCAAGAAAAUGUGCUCCCUUGCUCCUCUGGAGAGUUCUGGGCUGGCAGAGGUCAUUGCAGUAAGCCGUUGGACCUUGUUCAGGACGUCUAUCUGGCUUCCAUUGCCUGCGCGGUUCCACUUCCCCUAUCUCCCGCCUCCCAUUCUUCAUCCGUCCUGUUUCCAGGUGCUGCUGAUGAAGUCCUACCUGCACCACCGGGGCCUCAAGGACGUGUACACUGGCGGGCUCGGCUCCUUCUCUCUGACGAUGAUGCUCGUCUUUUACCUUGAGGUACGAUCUUUGAGCCCUUUUCAAAUCCGAGGUUCGGCGCAGUCCGUACCUGUGCCGAACCUGGGAGUGCUGCUUAUCGGCUUCCUGCAUCUGUUCGGCCAGGAGAUUGACCUCUCACGGGUUCGACUCAUUCUCAGGGGUCUGAACGGCAUGCCGGGCGGCGUGUUUUGGAGGGACCCUUCCAUGCCGCCAGCUGCUCUCUGGAUUGACGACCCACUUCGGCCCGGGGCCAACAUCGGCUCGGGCUCGUUUGCCAUGUGGCACGUGCAGGCUGCCAUGCGGGAAAUGCUUCACGUCAUCUCCAAGCCAAUCGCUUCCCCGUCCACCACCGCUGCCGUAACCACCGCCGCCGCCUCAUCUCCCCCACCUGCUCCGCUUUCACACCCACUCUUCUCGUCUGCAUCUCCCUUGCUCUCCUCCCCAUCUCGCCCCUCGAUCUCUCUCCUCGAUCUUGCCUUCUCCACUCGCCUGCCCAUCACGCAGUCCUUCAAACCUGCAGAACUCACGUCUCAUGCCUUGUCUGUUGCUGCUCCUCCUGCUCCUGCUCCUGCUCCUGCUGCUCCUGCUCCUCUUUCUUCUGCUGCCCCUCUGUCAGUCUCUGCUGCGCCUUAUGUUUCGGCACCUAUUCCUGCUGCUGCUGCUGCAGUCGCAGCAGCGGAGUAA